AUGUCAUUCCGGGGUGGCUUUCGCGGAGGCCGCGGCGGCGGCUCUGGAUUUGGUGGUCGUGGUGGUGCGGCCAACACCUGGAUUCCCAACCGCCACUUUCAAGCAGCGAAAUGUACUGACAAUAUGUGGUGUAUAGGCCGUGGAGGUUACCAACAGAGAGAUUUUGGCCCGCCAGCAACUGUUCUAGAGAUGGGAAAGUUCAUGCACGCCUGCGAGGGUGAGAUGGUUUGCGAAUCGAUCAACCCCAAGGUCCCCCAUUUCAACGCCCAGAUCUAUCUCGAGAACAAGACUGCCGUUGGCAAGGUUGACGAAGUCCUCGGACCCAUCAACCAGGUCUACUUCACCAUUAAGCCUACCGAGGGCAUCCAGGCCACCUCGUUCAAGGAGGGCGACAAGUUCUACAUUGCCGGCGAGAAGCUCCUUCCCCUGGAGAAGUUCCUGCCCAAGCCCAAGCCCCCUCCAGGUGCCCCCAAGCCCAAGCGCGCAGGUGGCCGUGGUGGUCCUCGGGGUGCCUUCGGCAGAGGUGGCCCUAGGGGAGGAGGCGGCCGAGGCGGUCCGGGUGGUCGCGGUGGCUUCUCUCGAGGCGGCGGCCGUGGAGGCUCCGGAGGCUUCUCUAGAGGUGGUGGCGGUCGUGGAGGUGGUGGCUUCUCCCGGGGUGGCGGCGGCGGCGGCCGGGGCCGGGGAGGCUUCAGUAGAGGCAGGUAA